GAAUUCCGGUAAAAUGCCGGACUGGUUAAGAGAAGAUGUUUGGGAUAAACUUCUUGAGAAAUGGAAUACCCCAGAAUGGAAGGCAACAAGCAAAGGCAAACCGUGCCUCUAAAAAAGGUGGCUCGUUGCACACAGGAGGUUCGAUUAUUUUUGAGGCCCAUAAACUAAGAAUGGAAAAGGAAAGAGGGCGAGAUGUGAGUCACGCUGAGGUCUUCGAGGAGUUGCAUAAGAAAAAGAAAAAGGAUGGUACAAGAGAACACUGGGUGGAGACGCGUGCGUCAGACACAUAUGAAGAUUAUCAUAAAAGGUUGGAAGAAUGGCAACAAACUCAGCCUCCUUCAACUCAACCAACACCUGAUGAUAUGGCUUCAUUGUGGACAGAGGCAGCGGGUGGAGCAAACAAAGGCAGAGUUUACAGACUAGGAGUACAUCGACUUACAGGUCAUCCAAACCCACUCUUAGCCAAUUCUUCUUCUCCUCAAAAUCAAGAACAGAUGGAAGAUAUGAGAAACGAAAUUCGUGAAUUGAAGCAACAAUUGGACUCCCAUUACGGAACAUUUGUUAAGAUGCAGAAUUCAUGUGUAAACAUGGGCAUGAUUUAUCUGAUGAUGAGGAUGAACAAACUGAAUCUGAUGUGUAGUAGUUUAGUUGUGAUGUUUUGGCUGAUUGGUAAACUUGAUUGUGAGAGACAACUUUAUGUAUUGCUUUUAAACUUGAAUGUGAGCUACUAUUUGGAUGUUUUUAUGCCCAAAAUUGUUAAGUUUAAAGAAUUUGCAACAAUGGAGAAGUCAAAACAACAGCAAAAAACUGUUUUGAAUAACUUUUUGGGCAGAGGAUUGAAACUGGAUUUCUCGGCUGUCAAGGCUAUCAGGGAUAACUACUAUGAUUCUCCUUCAGGAAGUAGUGAAAAUGCUUUACCACUUUCUCGUCCCAGCUUUGGGUUGUUGUAUGGAACUCCUGAAAGUUCUGCAAACCAGAGACAUCUGCAAAUGUGGAGUUCAAUUGGGGAUAUUAGGGAGCAAAGGGGGGAGGUCUGA